AUCGUUAAUUACUCUCUGGCUACGACAUCUGAAGAGAGAAAGCGACAAACUUCAGUACUAGUAGCAGAGGAAGAAGCCUAUUUAAUCCCCACCAGGGCUCAUCCCCAAACCUUCUCCCUUCUCUUCCUCUCCCCCUGCCUCUCAGAUCCCCCAGCACCAGCAAAGGUACGUUCUUGGACAUGGACGACGACUGGAUCACCGCGCGGUACCUGCUCUCCUCCAUCCUCGGCCGGAACCCGCUCGUCGUCGACCACGUCGACGACGAGUCCUUCCCGGUCGACCACCCCCGGACCACCGCGGAAACGCCGGCGCCGGCGCGGAAGCCCCCGCCGGCCGUGCGCGCGCCGCCGGGCGUGGCCGGCACCGUCUGCGCGGUCUGCACGGACGAGAUCGCCGUCGCCGACGCCGUCGUGCGCCUCCCCUGCGCGCACUGGUACCACGCCGGAUGCAUCGCGCCCUGGCUCGGGAUCCGGAGCACCUGCCCGUUGUGCCGCGCCGAGAUGCCGACCGGGGAGGAGGACGACGACGCCGGUGUGGAAGGCGGCGCCGUCGGCCGCGAGAAGCGCCGGCACGAGGCCGCCGGGACCAGCGUCGCCGGCGCGGCCGUGCGGCGGGACGCGUCCUACGGGCUCCUCGCCGCUGCCGGGGGCGUGCUUUCCGGGUGAUGGGCGCGGCGGAGUACGCGCGUGGUGGACCGCGUCGUCCGCGCCUUUUUUUUUCUCUCUUUCAGAGCGGUAUUCGGUACUCGCUGUACAAAUGUAAUCCUUACUAAUUUUGAUGAUGAUGAAAGGUUUAUUAGCUCAA